CCGCGGUGAGAUGUGUCUUCGUCCUGCUCUAGCCAGCGCUUCCCCUCGCGCGCCAAAGCCUCCCCUUGCAGCUGCGUCCCCUGCCCGCUUCGCUUUCGCCCGGGCGAGGGGCAAAGCGAGCGUGCGGCUCCGCGGCCUUUGGACCCAGCGGGUCUGCGGCAGAGGGCGCUGUGAUUGCCAAGGCCUGUGGCGAGCGAGCGAGCUACUCGAGGCGGAGGCUGCGAGGGCGCCUAGGCCUGCUUCCGGGCCGGCACCCGGAGAGGCGCGCGGUGGCGCUUCUUGCAAUCACAGCCGCGCCGGAGCGAAAGAGGGCGGCGGCGGCGGCGGCGGCGGCGGCGACUCCGACUCCUUUCUCUCCUGCCCUCCUGCCCGCCCUCUCCUUCUCCCUCUCGCUCUCUGUCCAGUCACGCGCAGAGAAAGAGAGGCAGGCUGGGGUGGAUCUGCGGGCGGCCGCUCUCCGCCUCCUCCUUUUUUUGCAAAGCCCAGCUCUCCGCCCGACGCUCAGGCCGAUUUAGUUGAGCAACACAAACAACAGCAGUAGCAACAGCAGCGUCCCUCGCUGACCCCGCGCGUGCAAAGGCUGCCCGGAGAGGCUGUGGAGAAUCAUGGUGAGUGUUUGUGUCGUCCCCGCAGCUCCUCUCUGGUUUUGUUUCACUUAUUUGGGGGACCCGCCGGACGAGGGGGUGGUGGUGCGCGCGCGCGGCUCCUUCCUCUCCAUCACUUCUCGGGUCCCCUGCUCCAGUUUCGUCAAACUUUCGCUCCGCUUUCCCGGUUCCCCGCGCUCCCCCACUCCAGGGGAAACUUCUCCGGAGCCCCUCUCGCUCCCGGGAGUAGUAGACACGGCACUUGGGCACCCUCUCGUGUGCACACGCGUAGCCCGCGGGGAUCGACCCGUGUGGUGGGGCGCCGAGGGGAGCGUCGGGAGAGAAGGAGCCCAACCACUAGGCGCUUGGGCCGUCUCCUGUAAACAAUGCGCCGAGGUGGCGGCGCUAGGUAGGUAGGUAGGGGGAUAUAAUUAAUGCCAAGCCAGGAACCAACUUUUCCAAGGUCAGGUUGGGAUGGUGGGGCAAGUGAGCGAGACGUCGUCGGAUACCCCCCCCCCCAAUCGAAUGGGAACCAGUACGGAUUUUCUGCUUGGGGGUCUUUCAGUCUUAUCUGUUCAUAAGCUCAGCCAGUCUCAGGACCUACCCUCCCCACCCCCAUCACUAUGUUUUGCAGAUCAGUCUGAGGGACGGUCUACCCCUUGGGUGGGGAACCUGUGGUCCUUUGGUGGGCUGCAUUUGCCAUCAGUGUUUAUGGAUGAUGGGAUUUGUAGUCCUCUCGCAUGUGGAAGGCCACAGGUUCCCCUAUCCUUGGUCUCCUCCCGCCGCCCACCCUCUCCCCUUAUAAAACAAAGUACUGGACUUCUCCAUGGGUCUUAUUCAUCUCCCUGUUUCCAGAUUGAUCUCAAAGCCUGGCGUUAGCUUUUCCUUGCUGAACUCGCUCCCCGUAAUACUUUUGUGCUUUGCUUGCUCUCUUAGAUCUCUGGAUAACUUCCCUGUUUGUCUUUCCUGUUUUCUCUCCACAACUCUCUCUCACACUCUUUCUCUCUCUUUCCCUCCCUCCCUCUCCCCACUCCAUCUGCUUCCCCCUUACCUAAUGGUAAAUAGGAAAGUACCCAGACUGGGGAAGUGGUUAGAUGGGCACCCUGCCUGUGUUUGGUAAUAAAACAAAAGCUAGUGAGUGGAGAAUGGAAUGGAACAGAGAUUACUUUCUCAGUAGAGAGUUUACAAAACAAGAAGUGAAGGGGGGGCGGGCAGAUAAAAGUGGCCUGCCCUAAAAAUCCUUUAAAAAACAGAAUACUUUAAAUGUAUCCUUUUCAAGAGAGUCUUUCUGGGGAAUAUCUUGAGUUAGCCCACACUGGUUUCCCUGCUCCAUUCUAAAAGCUUGGCUGAAAGGCAGAGAUUAUUACCCUGAAAAGGCUAAGGGCUUGAUGGUUGAAACUGGUCUUUUUGCAUGGGCAGAAAACCAGCUAUUGUGCCCAGCCUGGCACUUGGUAGAAAAUAAAAAGGCUGCUUUUCAUAUUCAUUUUGGGGUUGUUUUCUCCAUAGUUGUACAGCAAAGUCUAUUGUGUGAACUUGUAGCACGGCAGCUGCGCUUUUGGUGAUUCCUGCUUUUGUCCCCUCCCAGAAAAAUCACUGCAGAGUGUACCCAUAUAUUUCUGUUGUGCACAACACACUGCUCUUUCCUCAGAUGACUGAGUGCCCAAAGAGGAUUGCAUCCAUCAGGAUUAGGCAGCCCCCCCAAAAGAGCCUAGGGGGCCAUUGGUCAGGGUUCACAUGCUGGCAGUGGGCAGAGCUCAUGGCGGGUGGGGCCAGAACUAAAAGUGGGCGUGGCAAUGUCUUUUCUCUCACCUGUAGGCCCAAAGGUUGUCCAUAGGUGAAUAUAGAGAAUUAACAUUGAUCAUUAUGUGAUAUUAUGGCAGUGGACAAAGCUGUACUGUAACUUUUGAAUAGAUGAAUUUUUAAAAAACAAACACAACAUUGAUCCUAAGUCCUGCUGGGUGUUUUAUGUUGCCAGUUGUAACUUCCCGCUGCAUGUACGCAGGGGGAAAUAGUUGCAUGCAUUUGGUACAUGUGACCGUGUACACAGGUUUUCUUGUCCAGAGGUGAUACCUGUGUAGGACCCUGACCAUAUGUGAAGCAGUUCUCGAAUAUGGGCUGAGUUUGGGCAUGUGGUAAAAAUGAUCCAGGCCUUGUCAUAUGUCGAAAUCCUUCUUUUUAAAAUGCAGCCUGACAUGUUGUGGCGAAGGAUGGUCGAGCAGAGGCGUGAUCACAUUAUUCCACACUGCAGAUGUGGCAGUUGCAUCCUGUCACAUCCCUGCAUGUCCAACUGUUGCAUACAAUCCAGGGUGGAUAAAAAUCAAUGAUUAAAAAAAAAAAUAAUAAAAGAAAUCGGAUUUUUAUUUUUUAAAUUUAAAUCGGAUAUUUAAAAUAAAAUGCUUUUGGAGGAAAAAUCUUUCUAAAGAUAGUUUUCUGUUUAAGUUACAUUAUAGUCCAAAGGCUGUUCAUCAGGAAAUAAGGAUUUGUUUUAAGUUUUUCAUGUGUGCUAAAACUCAGCCUAAGUUGUUUUUUAAAAAAUUGUUUAACCGCAUCAGUUAACAAACAUAGAUACAUAUGCUAUAAUGCUAUUGUUCUAGUUAAAUAAAUUGUUUAAAUUGUUAUUAAGGAAAUUAUUAUUUUUCUCCUUCCAAUAAAGUACAGCAGAAAAGUUGUCCAAAUAUAAACAGUUAACUUAAUCUCACAAUAAUUUCAUAAUUAUCUGUAUGUAUUUCUAAUAGUAUAACCAAAUCAGUAAUUUUUGAUAUAACUGUAAAAACUACUCUGAAAAUUUAUUAUUCCAAAAAUGAAACCUUCAUCUGGUUGUAAAUAUUAAGAUUAUACCAGCAAGAAUGAGUCUGUAAAAAAAUGAUUUAAAUCAAGUCUUACUGACUAGUGAUUUAAAUCAGGUCUUACUGACUAGUGAUUUAAAUUUAAAUUGUGAUUUAAAUCAAAUCCACCCUGAUACAAUCCAUGCUCAUGAGACUCACCAUCUGUUUUUAAUAGUGCCUAAAAGUUUAAGACUGUGCAAAUUGCAUGAAUUUGCUCCAGUGAUGUGAGGUGGAAAAUUUGACACCCCCCCUUUAUAAAUUUGUGACAAUUAAUGGAUACUAAUUGAAAUUAUGAUAUUAGGUAAGCUUGGCCAUUUCAGUGCUUUUAGCUUUGAUUAAUAAAGGCAAGUAGAAUAAACAUGAGAAAUUAGAUUACUCUCUAGAGCAGUGGUGUUCAGCCAGUUCAACUGGGGUGCCUUGAAUGAUGGCCAGGGGUGCUGCGGGCAACCCUGGCCUCUAUCCCUCUUUCCUUCCCUCCCUCCUGAUGCCUUCUUGUGUCUCCCAAAGGCUUGCAGAGCUGUUUGUUGCAGCAGCCCUGGCUACAAGCUUCCCAGAUGAAUGGUGCCUCUUGGCCAUGGGGUUCUGGUUGCCAGGAGCUGAGGCGGCCUCAGAGUAAGCAAGCAAGCAAGCAAGCAAGCAGGCAAGGGAGCUCAGCCUGCCUGCCUGCCAGGCCUUGCUGUUGGGAAUGGACAAAGUCCCAGGCCCCUGUGCGGCAGUGUGAGGAGUCACCUCUCUUUCGAGUAGGGGGGCAGCAGUGGCUGCCUGGAGGAGAGGAGGCUGAGGAAGCACUCCACAAGGGAACGUGUUUGAAAAAACUCUGCAGGCAAGGGGUGACAUAACUGGGCUCCUGAGCCCCACAGGGGUACUGCAGAAAGAAUGUACAGUCAUACCUUGGGUUAAAGACGCUUCAGGUUAAAUCUUUUCAGAUUGCGUUCCACGGCGACCCGGAAGUACCAGAAAGGGUUACUUCUGGGUUUCGCCGCUCGCGCAUGCGCAGUCGCUCAAAAUGACGUCACGCGUAUGCACAGAAGCGGCUAAUCGCAGCACGUGCAGACGCGGGUUGCGUUCUGCUCAGGUUGUGAACGGGGCUCCGGAACGGUUCCCGUUCGCAUCCAGAGGUACCACUGUAGUUGAUCAAGGGACCCAUGGACUCAACAAACCCUCUGCUCUCUUGUGCAUGUUACCCUAUGCAGAUUACUCCGUUUUCCCAUGGAAAACACGCUUUACUGAUCUUCCCUAAAUCAAAAUGCCCUCCCUUUCAGGUUCAGGGUAAACCUCAAAAAGAGUGAACACUGAGACAUCUUGGACAAGCAACAGUUGUUUUUCAUUAUUCUGAUUUUUCUUAACACUAGAUAAAGAAGUCACUUUAAGCAUCUAGUCAUGGAUAUAGCUGAAGUCCCACACAGUGAAGGAUAUGCAACAACUAGUGGAUAAGCAGAACAUACCUGUAUCAAAAUACACAUCCAGCCAAUUUAUUGGGACAUGGAUGAGUGUUGUGGUGUGAAUCCAGACAUGCAUCUGUGUUGGCUGCAUGUGGGAUCAGGUCCAGAAUGACUAUAUUUUCAGUACUCAGUUGUGAUCUAAGGGAGAUAAAACACACAAAUAGGCUUUGUAAAUCAGUAGGACUGAGUUGUUUCCAAGCAUGUGUCCUUUCUCUCCCCCCCAUCCUAUUCUAGACAUACAUUUCUGAGAUCUCCUCUCUUAUUAGUCCUCAUUUACAGUUCUUUUCAUUUGUAGUGUUCACUGAUGCCUACAUACAUGGAUCUUUCAUGUGGUUUGUCUUUAUUUCAGACUGUCUUAAAGCUUUCCCACUGCGGUUUGUUGUUAAUUUACAUAGCUUCUUCAUCUAUUCAGGAAUAUAUGAGCUUGCAGUUUAGAUCAAGGAGCACCACGCAAUGUACACAGAAUUGCGGGUCUUCAGCUUGCCUAUAUAUCAUUGAAAAACAAAACAAAUUAUACGUUUGCAACAUUCUUUUAUCACAGACUCCUACCAGUCUGGGCUGAUUUUUCAUACUGUAGGUCAAAAAUGCAGUAAGGUUCCUUAGGGUAUAUAGGAAUUGAGCAAGAAAGCAGCCAUGCCCUGAAUUUUAUCUACAGUGAUCUCGUUGUCACUAAGAAAGCAAACCUGUUUAUGGACUGUGUUACUUUAGUCUUCAAGUUGAGGCUCACAGAGCUGCAUAUAUAUUUCCCUGCACAAAGAAUGCUAGCAUAUGAGGGUGAAGAGUUCUAACUUAAAUCUUCUGACAGGUCAGCUUUCUUUGUUUUGAACUUUCUUGUGUGAAUAUACUUUACAGUGUGAUAAAAUGGCACAGCCCAGACUGCAGGUUUUCUGUUUUGGUGAGAACUGCAUUUCUCUGAAGAAUCUGCAUUUGAAGAGCAGGGACUUUAAUGGCCUCUGGAAUUUUGGAUCUUCAGAAGCUGUCUUUGUUCUUCAGGGUGUAUCUGCAUUCUUAAACCACGGCAUUGCUUCUAAUUCUUUCCAACUUGCUAAUUCCACAAACCACUGAAACACCUCUUGUUAGACAAGUUCUUUUUUUGUUACAAAAGUACAGGCAACUGUUGGAGUUGAGGUUGCUCUUAAUGAGAGUUGGAGUGGUAUGAGGGGAUACAGAAGAUGUCCUCAAAUUAGAAGACUAGUAAAGAGAGUACGUAAUCAUCAAUAUUGCUUAGAUCAUGGGUAGGCAGACUAAGGCCCAGGGGCCGGAUCUGGCCCAAUCGCCUUCUAAAUCAGGCCUGCGGACAGUCCGGGAAACAGCGUGUUUUUACAUGAGCAGAAUGUGUCGUUUUAUGUAAAAAGCAUCUCUGGGUUAUUUAUGGGGCUUGCCUGGGGUUUUUACAUAAGUAGAAAGUGUGCUUUUAUUUAAAAUGCAUCUCUGGGUUAUUUGUGGGGCAUAGGAAUUUGUUCAUCCCCCCGCAAAUAGUCUGGCCCCCCACAAGGUCUGAGGGACAGUGGACCGGCCCCCUGCUGAAAAAGUUUGCUGACCCCUGAUCUAGAUGAUGCCACAGCACUGAUAAGCUGAUGAAAGGCACUUUACUGUCCCAGAGGCUACCAGGGACUCUGUGACAAAGUUGAGUCAAAGAGUACCCCCAGAUUGCAAUUUUGAUCCUUUCUGGGUAUACAAACAAACCCAUUUCUGACCCCCGUUUUAUCAUGCAGACCAUUACUGAUUUCACAUACUUGUUCAACACUCGCUUUGCCUCACCUGAACGCCCUGAAAACAAUAGAGAGAGGCUGUUUAGUGUUGUCAGCAUACAUGGAGACACCUUGUUCUGUGUCCCUGAGUAGCUUAUCCCAGCAGUUUCAUACAAAUGUUAAAGAGGAUUAACUUUUGAUUGCUAGUUGGAAUACCCAGGGAGAUGGUUUGGGAGGUUGUCCAGAAACAGGUGGAAGUGUGUCCUCGCUUUCUGCAUGCCAUCAGCAGUUCUGUUGUGUAAUAGUGGUGUAAGGAGCAAUAAAAGCUAGGGGGGUCCCCUGAAGGAGCAUAGCUGCAAAGUAGAGGCUUGUUAUCUCUUGUACUCUGGUAGAAGACACAAGCUUAGCAGGUUCUAAUCUUCAGAUCCGUAUUAUAUAAGCAUCCUGAUAAAGAGCAGAUAGAACAGUUCAUGGUGAACUUCAAACCUCUGUAAAAAAAAAGGGAACAUGAACCUCUCUUGGAUAAAAAGCACCUCUGCAUAAGACAAAAAAGGGAUUGCUUGGCUGGCUUUCUUUGUUCCUCUUUCGAAAGGCUUCGGAUAAUGAAAAAUGCAUGCAGCUUACUUGCUGCUGCCUAAUAAAGCAGGCUUAUGUAUAUAUGCAUUGAUAUGGAAGUAGAAAUUACUUACCGUAUAUACUUGAGUAUAAGCCGAGGCACCUAAUUUUACCACAAUAAACUGAGAAAACUUAUUGAGUAUAAGCUGGUUCACCACACCACAAACCUCCUGGUGGGCCGGAGUGCGUGUGUGUGUGCACGCGCAUGCGCACACGGCAGAAGGGGUUUCUCUCUCCCCCCCAGCCCCUCCCUUCCCCCUGCCUACCUAGGGGGCUGCCGAGAGGCUGAUGGCGGCAGCAGUGGAGGAGGAGGAAGGAGCAGCCCGAAAGGGACCCUCACUCAAGUAUAAGCCGAGGGGGGCUUUUUCAGCAUAAAAAAUGUGCUGAAAAAGUUGGCUUAUACUCGGGUAUAUACGGUAAGUCAAAUAUGCAUCUGCAAGUAAACAAAUGCAUAGGGAUUGAAGUGGCAGGCAGGGGAAGAGGGGAGUUGUGAAACUUCUGUAUUUCGGCAUGCUAGCAACAUAGGAACCUGCUGUCCGCCAAGUCAAGACCAUUGUCCCAUCUUGCUGAGCAUUGUCUACACCAGAGGUGGAGAACCUGUGAGCCUCCAGAUACUGGAAUACAAUUCCCAUUCUCCCCGGCCAUUGGCCGUGUUGGUGGGGCUGAUGGGAGUUGGAGUCCAACAACACCUGGAGGGCUACAGGUUCCCUGACCCUGGUCAACACUGACUACCGGUGGCUCUCCAAAGCUUUGGAUGGUCCUUAUCUUGCCAGCUGGUGAUAUCAGGAACUGGAUGUGUUGAGUAGAGAAUGAAGAACAGCUGCUGGAAUGUAUAAUGGCUCAUGGUAUCAUAUUAAUGAUCCCUGAGGAUCAUUCUAGUCCAACCUCCUGCAAUGCAGGACUAGGCAGCUGCCCCAUACAGGGAUCGAACCUGCAACCUUGGCAUUAUCAGCACCACGCUCUAACCAAUGGAGCUAUCCAGGCACACCUGGUUACAAUAAUGUUUGGUGCGGCAGAGUAGUGAGUCUCUUCCCCCCCCCCCUACGUGAUGUGUCUCAUAUUAGUUAUCCAUUGUUGGGUACUCUUCCCACAAUUCAAAUUAUUUCCCCUUUGAAUAAAACCGUUCUGUGGCUCCUUGUAGGGCCACUGUAUUGUUGUGGCAUCAACUAUCAGAAGUUGCUAGUCAAUAAAUGUGUCAGGCAUCUAAGGUGUCAAGGGAUCCUUCUUGUCUAUAACUUCCCAUCUUCUCCGCUUCUGGGGGUGCAAAUGUUAAUUGCAUUCAUGAUGUGGAUGGCCCUAAAAUGUGUAAUGUUUUAUUAUGUUUUAUAUAUGUUGCAAGCUGCCCAGAGUGGAUGGGGCAACCCAGUCAGAUGAGCGGGGUACAAAUAAUAAAACUAUUCUAAUUAAUUAAUUAAUUAAUUAAUUAAUGCAAAACAAAAGCUCAUUUGAAUUAGACCAGAGGCAUCUCCAGCCUGGCAUUUUGCUUCCCAUAGUGGCCUAUGCAAAUUCCACAAGCAGGAUUCCACAGGCUUACUCACUGCAUUCUGCUAUUGUGCAUUUCAAUUAAGGCAAAAUCACCACACCUUGGUAGGGACCUUGCUCAGAAGAAGGUUUCAAAAGUUGGAUGUGGAAGAACAGGUCUGAGGAGCAGAGUGCAGCCGUAAAAAAUUGUAUUUUCUGCAGCGUGGCUUUAAGAGAUUGGGAGCUGGAUAUGACAGACAUGGUUGACAAAGGACCGCAACUGUGAAUUUGAAAUAUCAAGGGUUGGUUUCUUUAAGGGGUAUGGGCUCAAGGUUACACAGUGAGGUGGGAAAGGGGAAAUGGUAGGAAGCAACACUCAUCAAGUACAGUGGUACCUCUGGUUAUGUACUUAAUUCAUUCUGGAGGUCCGUUCUUAACCUGAAGCACCACUUUAGCUAAUGGGGCCUCCCGCUGCCGCUGCGCUACCGCCGCACGAUUUCUGUUCUCAUCCUGAAGCAAAGUUCUUAAACCCAGGUACUAUUUCUGGGUUAGCGGAGUCUGUAACCUGAAGCGUAUGUAACCUGAAGCGUAUGUAACCCGAGGUUCCACUGUAUUGAGAUUGAGACUGGAAAGGCUCCUUUCUUCAGUGCAUUUGCUACAGCAGAGGUCUUCCCCCACCUUCUACUUACAACAAAAGAUGUUAGGAAAAAUAAAGGAAGCUUGUGUUUAAGGAGCUACGCAUUCCAGAGUUGUCCUUUGUGGGGCUAAAGUUCUGGAACCUCAAGCUGAUACGGCAGAUCCUGCAUUGUCCAUUGAUGCCAUUCAAAAGUCGCGGUGCAAGACAGCCCUGUGGAAAUGAAUGGGAGGCUAACUUUGAUGGAAGAUGUUCCGUGUUGCUGUUGAGCUGUAAUUUUAAACUUACACAGGGAGAACUUACCCUGAGGAAAUCUUGGCUGAUGACGAAAGCAGUUACAAAAUACACAGUCUCAAGAACAGCAAACACCGGUUUUAGUGGGAGACACUAAACAUGGAUUUAUCCCUGUGCGCUGGUGGUUCUUAUUUUGGAUUAACGGGGACUGAUGGAGAGGGUUUUUGUUUUCAGAUAGGAUUCAUUCACAUGCCAGCAAAGUCAGGCGGCACAAUUGAGGUUGGUUUAGUGCUCUUGUGCAACAAACAUAGCCCACGGUCAGGGAUGAUGGGAGUUGUAGUCCAGCAACAUCUGGAAGACCACAGUUUCCCCAACCCUACGCUAAAUGGUUUGGGACACAGUUACCUUCAGAGCUGUCGUCCCAUUUGAGCCAAAAUUCUCCCUAAGAUUUCCCAUGGAGGCUCUUUUUUGCAUCUCCCUCAAUAUCUGAGUUGUGCUUGGUUGGGACACUUGAUUGGGACACUGAGUUGUGCUUGGUUGGGACACUUGAUUGGGACACUUCUUGACCUUGGAACCUCCUGCUGAGAAAAGCCCACCUCAUCCCUCUUUGAUGACUCUCCACCUCUGUGCAACAUCACUUAUCGCUGAGCAAGGAUUUUGCCUGUCCAUUUUUGGGGUAAAUAAUUUUUAUUAGUUUUCGCAAUACACAAAUAUUGUAGCUGAGAACUUUAGAACAAUACAGUGGUGCCUCGCAAGACGAAAUUAAUCCGUUCCGCGAGUCUCUUCGUCUUGCGGUUUUUUCGUCUUGCGAAGCACGGCUAUUAGCGGCUUAGUGGCUUAGCGGCUAUUAACGGCUUAGUGGCUUAGCAGCUUUAAGAAAAAGGAAACGAACUCGCAAGACGUUUCGUCUUGCGAAGCAAGCCCAUAGGGAAAUUCGUCUUGCAGAACGACUCAAAAAUCGCUAAACCCUUUUGUCUAGUGAGUUUUUCGUCUUGCGAGGCAUUCGUCUUGCGGGGCACCACUGUAGUAUUGUAGAGUUGGAAGCGACCACGAGGCUCAUCUAGUCCAACCCCCGGCAAUGUGGGAAUCUUUUUGCCCGAUGUGGGGCUCGAACUCAUGUCCCUGAGAUUAAGAGUCUCAUGCUCUACUGACUGAGCUAUCCUGCAGGCAUCCUGCAUUGCCAAACAAACAGCCAUUCUUAUCUAUACACAAAAGAAACUGCAAAGCAUACAAUAACAAUUUCUUUAAACACAAAGAAACCACAGGUGUAUAAUAGUUUGUUAGGGCUGUAAUCCGGAUUCAGUAAUCGUAACUGAAAUCAAAAGCAGAAUCAUAAAGCCCUCUUUACCUACAAACAAGAUAAAAUUGAACCAAAGUGUUAUGAAAUUAUCCUUCUUCCUUUGGAUCUUGGUAACUCAAUUUGCUGCCUCCCCGGUUUUUAAAUACAGUGGUACCUCGGGUUACAGACACUUCAGGUUACAGACUCUGCUAACCCAGAAAUAGUACCUCGGGUUAAGAACUUUGCUUCAGGAUGAGAACAGAAAUCGUAGUGGUACCUCAUGUUAAGAACCGUUUCAGGUUAAGAACGGACCUCCAGAACGAUUUAAGUUCUUAACCCGAGGUACCACUGUACCACCUCUCUGACAUGCUAAUUGAUGUGUUUAUUUGCUGCCUCUUUUCUUCUCGAUUUAAUUUUUUGUAUUUUAUUGUUGGCGUUACUUUUGCUUCCAUGGUAAAACUGCCUUGGGCAUUUCUUUGAAUCGGAAGGUGGGGCUAAAACACUCAUAGCAAAUAAAUCAACCUCACUUUAUAGCCACAUUUGUGCAUUCUGCUUUGGCCUUGCCCUUGCCCUCUGCCUCAUGGGUGCUUUCUCUUCUUUUCUAGGAUGCAAUUGUUCCUUACAAAGAAAUCCUUCUGCAAUAUUUAAACGAAACAAGAAAUGCCGUGAAUGCAAAGUGUGCUGGGGCUGAGCCCUGGCAACUGGUAACAUCCACAAUUGGGGCUACCCUCCUGGUUGUUUGGCUAUACAGGUUCCUCUUCCAACAAGAAAGUAAGUGCUGUGUGCGUCUCCGAUGUGAGGAAUUGGGGGGUCCACUCCAUUUGCGUAGCAUGAUUUCAUUUUUAAAAGCCCCUGACCUUCGUGGUAGCAAAGAGGUGAGGUUAGAAAGUCCCAACUAACUCUUCACCUUCUUUUAUUUCCACGUGUUUGGCCCUAAGACUAAACUAUAAUUUAUGAGAGCUUGGCUUCUCCUCCAGUGCAGCUUCAAGGAGGAGAGCAGAAGUUUCCAUUUCUCUUUAAGACUAACCACAGUUUGGUGUGUUGUCCAAAUCCUAAAGUGUGUUUAACCUUAAUAUUAGUGGAAACAAGCCAGCCUGGUUUGGAGUUGGCUUGUGUACAUAAUCAGAGUUAAGGAUAACCACAGUGUGCUCAGGUUUAGAUGUAUGAGCAAGCUGUAGCUGAUCUAAAACAGAAAUGAAAGCUUUCAAAUUUCCUGUGGCUCAGCCAGGAGAGAUGGGAGUGUGUGAGCUUGAGGCUCACUCAGGUCCAUUUCUGUAAUGCUUUAUUCCAGGGAUUGGGACCACAGACGCAGGGGCUUCUUCCCUAUAUAGCCCUUGGGACUCCCACAUUGUUUUAUUGUUUUAUUGUUUUUAUUGUUAUAUUUUGUUAUGAUGCCCACUGCCUUGAUACUUAACGUGACCGGGCCAUAUAUAAAUGCUUCUAGAAAUAAAAGGCUAAACUGUGGUUUCGUUUUGAACAGCUGGCUCGAAAAUGUUCAAAGUUGGGUAUUGUAGAAUAGGUCCACCAAAUAAAGUUAUAUGUUGAUAGGGUUCAUGGCAAGAGAGAGAGAGUGUGUGCACAAGUUACGUACUCAAAUGCAACAAAUUCAUAAAUUAGCCAUCACCUCUGCAGUUCAGGGUUAUGGUAUUGAAGAAAUGUUAUACUCUCUGUUGUAGGGUGUGAUAGGUCUUGAUAUCCAUGUGUGUGUGUGAGCACAUGUGUCCUUGAUGGAGAAAGGAAAGGUAGCAUUUUAAAUACAGACAUGUUUGAUAACACAGGCAACAAGUUGGUUCUUAGUUUAACACAAAAGCCUAGUUUUUGGCCUUCAUUAGGUUCCACACCCCCUUGUUGGUAUUAGUGUUUUUUCCUACAGCACAUGUCCAAAUGUGAUCCGUGCUGCUUUCUGUGUUCAUUCCAUCCAUAAGCUUUUGGAUUGAGUUUGUCCCCCCACCCCCAUUGCUAUGCACAGACAGGAAUUCAAAAGGCUUCAGAGCAUUUCCAGCUUCGCAAAGCAGAUAUGCAUUUCAUUUAUAUCCUUGCCCGUUCUGGUCUAAGAGCAUCUGGGGAAGCUUCGCAGCUCAGAAAUUUCGUGCAUGCCAGCCUUCUCCUGUGUACAUGCAGGGUUUUGCAAUUCCCAAAGAUGUGCACACGGAUGUGCUUGGGAUCAGUAGGGGCAGUGCAAAGGUCUUGGCAACAAAUUGCUGGGAACUUUGAUGGCUAGAGGGCAGUGCAGGUAAGCAUGCAAGAGGGGUAGAAGGCAGCUUUCUGAAGCAGGAAGCCUUCUGUACUCAAGAAGCAGGGAUUCUUCUCUACCCUGGCAAAUAAAAAAAAUUACAUUUGGAAAUUUUGGGGCUGAAUAAUAAUAUAUUUUUUUAAUGUUUUCUUUCUAGGUUUAACAUCACGAUCUAAAAAGUGGUUCUUCAGAAAUUUACGCAAAUUGCCCUUUAUUGGUACUAUUGUAAGUUUUUAAGCAUUGAGCUACUUACCUAUUUAAUUUGCUAGGAGGAAACAUAUUUAUUGCUCUUUAUCAUUUGAUGCUCGGGGGGGGGGGGAGGGAAUUAAAAGCAUACCUGUGAAAAGAGGUCAGCUUGUUUAAAAUUGAACUCAAGGCUUGAACUAUUUUUUUGCAAGGAAUUUGCAAUUAAAUUAUCCCCAUGAUUAGAAUCUGUUCAUAUUAUAUUUGCAUGUGUGUUUGUCUAUCCUAAUAGAUAAAGAAACAGAUGAAUAAGACUAUGGAAGAUAUGGCCAGCACCUUAAGUUUCUUGAAAGAAAAAACGGGUUAUGUCAAAAUCCUGCCGGCAAAAGGCUUGAGCCAGCCAGAUGUGCUGAAGAAGAUGAAAGAAUACAGCUCUAUGGGUAUGAGUCUGAAUGCAUACUGGCACGUGUCAAUCAGUUUCAGCAUCUGCUCUGCUCUGCUCCAGUGCCAAUGUUAAUUAAUAAGCAGCAGCAAAUGGCUGUGUAUUACAAAUACUCAGCCUUCAUUCUCAAUUAAUGAUGGAAGCAUAGUUCUUGGAGAAGAGAACAAAAUAAAAACCCUGCCACUGUCUCAUAAAAACGAAGUAAUGUUGUUAGUUGCAUGAAUAUGAGAAAAUACUAAUUUGACUUAGAAAGUUUGGAGAGCUCCUGUUUGGAGGGGUGUAAAACCUGAUUUUCAUGAUUUCUCCUUGCCAUGUAUUUUUCACAAGUGUUGGACAUUUCUCUCUUCCAGAAAGAGAUUAUUAUAAGUUUGGGUCCCAUUCUGGAGCAUGAAUUCCUGCCACCUGCUGUUAUAAUAGUAAUAGUAGUAAUAAUAAGGAUAUUAAUAAUAAUAAUAUUGUGAGUUAUACCCCGCUCAUCUGGUUGGGUUGCCCCAGCCACUCUGAGUGGCUUCCAACACAUAUAGGUGAAAGGUAAAGGACCCCUGGACAGUUAAGUCCAGUCAAAGGUGACUAAGGGGUGUGGUGCUCAUCUCGCUUCAGGCCGAGGGAGCCAGCGUUUGUCUACAAACAGCUUUCCUGGUCAUAUAUAUCAAGUAAAUCAAUAGUCAAUAAUCCAUUAGAAUCCAAUAGUAAACAGUAAAAUCAGCAAAUAAUAACUUUACAGUUCCAUGGUUAAUCAUUGCUUUUUAACAAUAGUUUAAGAGUCAGGCUGUUUGCAAAUGCUUAAAAACACCCAUGCCUAUCUGCUGAUAGUUGUCUCUGACAAAGGGUGUCUUAAAACCCCGCAUUGCCUUGUUUUUACCUGCCCAAAGUCUGAUAUGAGGUCAGGCGAGCGGCAGGUGGGUGUGACUUAGAAAAAAAAAACAGCCUUGUGGGUCAGAACGGGAGACCUGCUGGGCCUAAUUCUGCAUGCAGAGUAAAGGUUCCCCAGCUCUGUGCUAGACUGUAGUUUUAAUGUUGUCUCCAUAGACCGUUGUGUGAACAGUCAAUCAACUGCAAUUUUGAUCGGCAAAGUGCUUUUAAAUAUGACGGGCGGUUUCUUGUCUCCGUGCUUUCAGGUGAAGUAAACUGGGAAGACGGGAAAGUGUCUGGGACAGUGUACAAUGGGGAUCAGAAACUCACGGAUCUGCUUGUGAAGGUAAUUCAGUGUGGUAAUAGCUAUAUGUUUAUCCUUCGGUUUGUUGAAGAAGAAGAAGAAGAGUUUGGAUUUGAUAUCCAGCUUUAUCACUACCUGAAGGAGGUAACAAGCGGCUAACAUUCUCCUUUCCCUUCCUCCCCCACAACAAACACCCGGUGAGGUGAGUGGGGCUGAGAGACUUCAGAGAAGUGUGACUAGCCCAAGGUCACCCAGCAGCUGCAUGUGGAGGAGCAGGGACACAAACCUGGUUCCCCAGAUUACGAAUCUACCGCUCUUGACCACUACACUACACUGAAUGCAUGUGUGCAAUUUUUUAUUUUUUUAAUGACUUAUUUUAAAUGAAGCAACUUCUCAUUUUGUAUUUUUUAUGUUGUGAACUGCCCUGUGCUCUCUUCGGGUGAAGGGCAGUAUACAAAUUAAAUAAUAAGGAUAACUAAUUCUCCCUGUAAUGAGGCAUUCUAUUUUGAAGGAACAGGAAGGAAUGUGAAGUGGAAAACAAAUUGUGACAGGGGAAAACCCCCCCACCCCACUUGUGAGUAAAUGAGGUUCAGGCAGGCCAGUGAAGUAGGUGUACUGGUUAGGGAUCACACACAUUGGAAUUGGAAGCAGAAAUUCCCCUGAAUUUAUGCCCUGUGAAUCAUUUCAAAUGUAUUAAUGUGUCUUGCUCAUAAUUGUAAGAUGUGGUUUAGCUACGACAUGCUGUGACUUCUAAGCAUUAAUUCAGUUAAACCUAUCCUCUCCCCCAUGCCCAAUGGAGACAGGAAUUGUAUGGAAAAGGUGGAAGAGUUUGGUAGACUCUCCCUGCCUCUCCCACAGUCAGUUUACAAUGAGUUUACUUAAAUCAUUUUAUCAUGAAUCGCUUCCUGUGAAACACACCUGACGCGAUUCUGCAAUGAGAGCACGCAUAAAAAAAUUUUCAAGCUUCAGGCCGGGAUACAAAAUCUCCGCUUAAAAGGCUUGUUGAAAAAGAAAGGUGUUUAAUAGUCUUCUUGACUCCCAAACAGUCCUCUGUAUCUCUUUUUAAACUUGUUUUCCUUCCGUCACAGAAAAUAAGAAGGAAGAAAUGUCAUGCUAGCUCUGUAGAGGCACCUGAGCCCAUUGUGAUUAGAAUUGCAGGAGAAGAGCAGGGCUGUGCUUGCUCCCUUACUCCUCUGCAGGCCCCCCUCAGAGGUCCAGAGGGACCCUGCGCUGCUUCUGGGUUUCCCCAGAAUCCCCAGCCACGAUAGGAAUGGAUGGCGACACCUGAAAAUAAAACAAGGCACCAAAAGAAGACGGAGGCACGAAAAUAUUACAGUUCUCCACCUUUCAACAUGCACUCGAUCCAACAACAGCCACUGAGUGGUAGCGCUUUGUUUAUAUAAUCGGCCGAUCUGAGUUCACUGUAGUCAAGCCAUGUGCCAUCGGAACGGAUAUAUUUGUCUUAAUAUUUGUGAACAUUUUAAACUCCGAAAUUUGAUAAAAUCUGUAUCAGGUAGCAAAACAAAACAAAACAGUCUCUUGUCAAAUCACAUAUUUUUUUUGCUUCCAUUUGCAGCUCUAAGAUGAGCAUGUUUGUCACGUUUUGGUCUGAUGUGCUCAGGAGCAAGUGGUGAAACUUACCCACAAUUCCAAAAAAAAUAGCAAGGGCCUACCUUUGAGGCCCCCUUUGAGCUUGAAGCCCAGGUCACGUGGUCUUCCUGGCCCUGCCUCUGAUUGGUUCUGCUCCUCUGCUGCAUUUUGCCGCCUUGUCCUACCCCUCUCCACGCCUUGGGUGGGAAGCCUCCUCUGUGUGUGCAUUUGGCUUCUCACAUGAUUUAGCCUAGGGGUCCCUGCUUCAGACUUUGCAGCCAAGGUGUGGAUGUUGGCGGAUGCAUGGAACAGGUAGUGUCUGUGACGUUGAGGCCACCGAGCAUAGCUCCACACGGCACUUCACACAGCUACCAUCACGUGAGACGUAACUCGUAUUCAAAGCUUUUGUGGUGUUUGCAUGAUGAGAUUGGUGAGAGUAUGCAAAGCAUUCUGGGACUAACUUUAUAGCAGAGAAAACUCCACAGUGUCCUCCUGCGAUUUCUCCGAAACCAGUCACCUUUGGUGGAUGGGGAGCGAGGUGACUUUCUCCUGUACAUAAGAAAACAGUGCAGCAUCACCUUUUCAGGGUUUACUUUGGAGGAGCUAUCUCACCUGAGCCAAUUUUCUCCCUGAAGGUUUAUGAGGAAUUUGCAUGGAGUAACCCGCUUCAUCCAGAUAUAUUUCCGGGCGUGAGGAAGAUGGAAGCAGAGGUCGUGAGAAUGGCUUGUGCGCUUUUCCAUGGAGGGCCCAAAUCUUGUGGAACAGUAAGUAACACGACAUGAGUCCCACUAGCUUCAGCCAGUGUAUUUGUGUAAAUGUUAAAAGAUCCACUAGAGAAAAAAGUGUGUGUCUUUUUGCCUUGUUUCCAAGGGAAGCUGCAUUUGCUUUGGGUCUAGCCAACUCUAAUGAAAUUGUUAUUUUAUUUAUUAGAAUAUGUAUAUAACCUGCUUGAUGAAAGAGCUGCCUAAGCAGUGUACAGAUGAAAUUGUAGACAAACCACAGCUGAAAUCCACAAAACAGUUGAGAAACGAAACACCGUUAAAUUUUGUUAAAGUUUGAAAACAAAUUUUACGUAGCUAAAAUACAGGUAGCUAAAUUAUAUGUCUGUGUAGGCAGAACAUAUAUAAGCUAUCCUGACAAUUAACAGCUGUGCUGGCAAACUGGUGACACAGUGGACACCAAAGGUAAUUAAGAAAUUGUGGACAGCUUGCCAAAUACCUUGGUAGUUUUAUGCAGUCCUAUUCAUUAACCUCUUUUCCAAGUUGCACGCUGCUUGGCUAGUUAGUUUACAUAAUGUCAAUGGUUGAGCUGUGCAGGCAGUGAACUUGCUUGCAAAUGUAAAAAGCCUUGUCAUUUCUAAAGAGGACAACACCAAUAAUUGUGGGUGUCCAGUUUUUGAAAAAGUCAAAAUUGAAAGAGAAUUGUGUUCUCCACCCCACCCGUGUGUGUGUGUGUGUGUGUGUUAUCAGAGCAAGUUGUAUGUAAUAAAUAUGUUGGGUGAAAAUUGUGGUUGGUAUUUCAGCAACUCAUAUGUUUAGUAGCAGCAUCUUCUAUAUGCUGUAGCCAAGAAGGUGAGUGAAUAGGCAGGAGUUCCUUUGGAUCUAAUGUGGAUGGUGUUUGUUGCUGGAACAGUUUAGGGUCAGUAAGAUUCAUUCAUUCAUUCACUUUAUUUGUAUACUGCUUUUCCACACACACACACACACACACACACUUCUUAAAGCUGCUUACAACAAAGAAACAGAGAUGCAUUUCAAGCAAACAUUGCAAAAACUUUCAUAACAUAACAAAAUAAUGCAAUAGCAAUUUCAUAACAACCUAGCAAAACAAAAAUAAUAUACAAAAUAACCACAUUUCAAUACUGUAAAUGAAACAAGGUUAAAUGACAUGCAGCAUUCAAUAGCAAAAAGAACAAGGGAGCGUCACAGUUUCACUUUAGAUCUAGAAAAACACCCCCUGUGGUUUGACUCAGUGACCCUCUCCUGCAGCCACUUGCAAGGUUUGCAAGAAUAAGGGGUGGGGUGGCAGGAAACACCCCCCCUCCCCAAUGUUGCUAAUGAAGAUAUGGAAUGAGAGGCCUAAAUCCAGCAGAGAUUUAGGCAUGCUUAACCCCAUUAAUUUUAACUUUGUGUCGCAGUUAGCCUAGGGUUUAUGACCCUAGCAAUGCAGCGUCCCAUUCUAUAAACAGUGUUUCUCCAACUUGGGUUGCCAGCUGUUAUUGGACUACAGCUCCCAUCAUCCCUGACCAUUGGUUCUGCUAGCUAGGGGUGAUGGGUGUUGUAGUCCAACAACAGUCAAGCUCUGCAUACAGUCAGUCUGUUAAAUUCAAGAGGCAUUGUAUGUGGGCCAGGAUCUGGGAACCCUGGCUUUCAAAGCUGUGAAACCGUGUAUCUCACCUAUGCCAAGAGGUGAUGGGGAGGAGAGAAUGGAUGCCAUAGAUGGACUUGAAACCAACUGGACAUUUGUUUGGCUACACAUCUGUACUAGGUCAAGGGCUUGCCUUUUGAUGGGUUCACAAUACCGUUUCCAGUUCCUGGACGUACAUGAACUUGCAAGAUGUAAUAUUGCCAUUCAAUAUGCUGGAUGGUGUUAAUCUUCUAACUCCAUGUAAAUAAAAGCUAUCAGAAAAACUACCAAGAAUAAAAAAAUCUGUUCUUCUUUAGCCUCUACUGUGUUCCUUAUGAACAACGAAACCAGCCUCUAGAGUUCUACUGCUAGGAUGCUCAUCUGUGCUAUGGACUUAGACUUAUGCAAUAGUUAUCCCCUUUCUCCAGGGAACUCUGGGAACUGUAGUUCACAAGGGAUAGAGCAGGCUAAGGGUCUCUUGCAACCAGCACCCUCACCAUACCACAUUUCCCAGGAAUCACUGAGGAAGCCACGAUGAAUAAAAUGCAAUACAUCUUAGUGAUUAAUGUAGAUAUGCCCUAAGUUUGCCUUUCACAGUCAUCUGCGCUGAUCCAAAAAUACCUUCUGUACAUUGCCUGUAUUUGCAGGUGCUUCUGUGCUUCAUGUACGUUUUGAGGAAUGUGAGUGUGGGGUGAAUAAUAAUAAUAAUAAUAAUAAUAAUAAUAAUAAUAAUUUAAUAUUUAUACUCCGCCCAUCUGGCUGGGUUUCCCAGCAUUAAACAUUAAAAUCUUCCCUAAACAGGGCUGACUUCAGAUGUCUUUUAAAAGUAAGACAGUUGCUUAUUGCCUUGACAUCUGAUUGAAGGGUGUUCCACAGGGCAGGCGCCACUACCGAAAAGGCCCUCUGCGUGGUUCCCUGUAUCCUCACAUCUUGCAGUGGGGGAACCGCCAGAAGGCCCUCGGCGCUGGACCUCAGGGGGUGGAGACACUUCUUCAGGUAUACAGGACCUGAAUGGGAGAUCAAGGAUAAAAUUCCAGUUUUAAGUACUGAGGCAGCUGCUCUUGUCUAACAGCAGAUGAAAAUUGCCAAGUGACUUCUCUGAAAGAGGCUUAUUUGUGAGGAGGGCUGGUCCUGUUAUGUCUGUGGGGCUGAACCGGAGACUGUUGUUGUGCAGUCUUGCCCACCAGUUGAGGCAGAGUGCUUCCAACUAAGCAGCGGCACACUGAAACCACUGCUCUCGGUGCCCAGUCACCAGCCGUGACCUAGACUGGGUAAGGCAUUGUUGCUAAAGAAGCAGCAGGCUCCCAGGCAGUUAUGUAAGGAAGCGAGGGUUGUACUUUCGUGUGCUCGGAGACCUUAUUAAAAUUAAUUUCUUGCAAACUCGUCUUGCAGGGUUAGCAUCGCCUUGCAAUCCUGUAGGGAAGGAGCUGCCCACAGACAGUGAAACUUAGGAAGGAGGUUAACAGUUCAAAGGACUUAGAGGUGUAUGGCUAGAGGUUAAUAGAACUCACUUGGAGCAGAAAAUACGACAUGGUGUUUUGAGGAGGCUGUGUGGCAUAAGAAACAAUUCUUCAAUGAUAUGAAUAGUUGCUUGAAUAGCUGCAUAUUUGUUGGUGGUUAGCAUUUACUUCACAUUUCCUCUCAAGGGUUAAAGGUCUUCACAUACAUUCUCAAUGAAUGCUUACAACUACCCUGUAAGACGGGCUAGUAGCCUUCUUCUUGUUACAGGUGUGUGUGUGAUGCGGCAGCUUGGUGGGAUCAUCACAGCUCAUUCUCUUAAUCACGAAGCCCCAUUAGGUCUUAGGAGCCACAGUUCCAUUUUGCACAAACGUACUGACACCACACUUUCAAAAGAGCCUAAAUACCAUUUAACUGAAUCCGUGCAGACUUAAUUUGCUGGAUUCACCAGUGCAGCCUUUAUUUGCUUAGUUAAUUCUGUUUGACUUUCGGCAACAUAAAAUGGGUCCUUCUGCACUAUAGAGAGAAAAAGGCUUACGUACAAUUAACAAUUCUUUUUUAAAAAGUGGUACAGUCUUUGUUAAUUGAUUAUUGCCAUGCCUGUCAAUAUAUCUUCCUCCUCUAUUCUUGCUGUAAAUUUCUGGAAGCUAAAAUGUGUUUUUGGAAUUCUGAGUGUCCGUUUUUUGUUUUGUUUUUUACUUGAGAGUAGAGCACGGAUACUUCCAUUUCCUAAUCUUUUAAAAAAUGUUUUUCUUGAUCUAUUUUCUUGCAGUAUAGAAUUGUUGAGUUUCAAGGCCCUACCUCAGUGCUUGGGCACAGCAAAUGUUUAUCCUGAGGCUUAAUAAUGAUGCCUGAUUAAUGAAAACAUAAUUAGGCCAUUUCCGUGUGCUCUGGUUUCUGUCACGAAGUUCCGUUGCGCCAGAAGCGGUUUAGUCAUACUGGCCACAUGACCUGGAAAACUGUCUGUGGACAAACACCUGCUCCCUCGAUCUGAAAGUGAGAUGAGCGCUGCAACCCCAUAGUCGCCUUUUGUCAGGAGCUCAUCCUACACUUGAGUAGGACUCUGGCAGAGACACAUGCCCAACUGGCAUGUUCUCUCCCUCCUGGUUGAUCGUUUGGGAGCUUCAAAAGCUUUCUUCAGCCAGAACAUCACAGCGACCGAUGCCAAAAGACAUCGACACACUUAGGGAUCUGCAGAGUCUUCACAGCUUGUGUAACAGACCUCAGCAACUCAGCAUUUUGGCUAAUCUACUUUAUUUACAUAUAAACACACAUGGAACACCGCAGCAUGGCUCCCUCUCUCUCUAGCAUCAAACAGCAAAGAGAAAGAACAAAGGACAAUAGUCCCACGUCACGGAACACAGUAACACAAACAUCCUGUCUCCGUCAUUUCCCACUUUGUGGAGUCAAAACGUGCACCGUCAUGUGAUAGACAGCAAUCCCAUGACUGCAAUCAUGGAGCAGGAAUUCUAACACUUUUGACUGGACUUAAUUGUCUAGGGGUCCUUUACCUUUUACCUUUUGACUCGGGUCCUCCUAAUACAUGCAUGCUGUGGAGCUCCUUCUUUGCUACAUCCUUUGUAGUUGCUUCAGAAUUUUUUUAAGCCCACGGAGUUUCACUUCACAGCAAGUUUACAUAACAACCUUUUUAUGAUUCCUCCCCUUGGGAGGUGCAUCAUAGAAACCUACCUCAGCCAACCCCCGCAAAACCAAACAACUUACCCUUAGAUCUCCCCCUGCCGCUGCAAGCCAGCUGCAAGCUCCCAUACUUCUGUGUCCUUCACUGACACACUUACUCUAGUUGUUAAUCUAAAGAGAUAAGACAUGCCAGAGAUUUUGCCAUGAAAUGUUUGUAAGAGGCAUGGAAUGUUUGCAGAAGUGUGUCAGUGCAAGAGCAGGAGGAACAGGGAGAGAUGCAAUAUGAUCCCAACCCUUUGUAAUUAAUUUCCUGAAAUUAAAACUUGCAAAUCUCUGCUGCCUUUGCAAUCUGCUAGCACCCGCCACUCAUCAAAAGCCACUGAGCCCAAGCGUCUUCUACCUGUUACUACUCUUCAAAGAAGGUUCUUGAGCUGUUAUGCUAAACAAAGAAACUAAAUGUGGUGAAGAACUGUAGCAAUAUUCUUAUUGCCUGACCCAAGGAAUUCCAGGGUGACUUUGCCACAUCUACUGCGCCUGGGCAUAUUUUACAUUGAGAAAUGGGGAGCUUUCAUUUUUAGUCUCCUCCCUUGCAACAUAUGACCUGCCACCUCUGAUUUAUUUUCAAAGGCCAUGCACGUAGGCCUUAUUGGCACUUCCAGCCUGUAAUGGAGCCAAUUUUCCACGUGACUUUCAAAUGCAAAAUAUAUUGCAACAGUGAGAAAAAGAUUAGGGACAACGCACAGUCUGAACCUCUGGUGAAAACUGAAAGCCUGCCAAGUCAUAAGAGCAGUCCCACUGUUCUUACCCAUAAAGAAUUAAUUGCCAGUGGCGGCAUUUUGUUUUUACCAGAGGUUCAGGCUAUGUGUCGCUCCAGUUUUGCUGUGUCUGUGGGCAUAGAUGUGCUGCCGUCUUGUGGGUUUCCAACCAAACUAAGAGGAAUACAUGCUUCUGUUGUACUGCUCUACCAUUGUAACAAACUUGACAUUGCCUCUUGUGCUUGCCAAACCAUUCCCACUAUUACCAGGAAACUAUCCAUGAUCUUUAAUCCCAGAACCAAAUGAUAUUCCUCUUGGUCUCUCACGCACCCUUUCUGUCUUCUGCAGAGUUCAGAAAUGCACAUCUUAAAUGUGCUCUUACCUGCUCAAACUGGCAACAUUCAGAAUAAUCUUGUCAAGAAACAAAGUGAAAAGGAAAAAUGAGUAAGGCCAAUUUUUUUGCCCAGCUGUUCUGGGGGGGUUUAAUAACUAGAUAUGCACUGGAAGCAGAACUUCUUUCUCUCCCUCGCUCCUCUGCCUCCCAAAUGUUGAUGUAUGUGCUAUAGCUUCCAUCAGUGGCUGUGCUGGCAGGUGCUGAUGGGAGUUGUAGUACAACAUAUGGAGGGGCACCAGGUUGGGGAAGGUUAGUAUGAAGAUUUCCUGUCAAGUAAUUUCCCUACUCAGAACAGGACAGAAUAAAAGAGGAGUUUAUUGUAUAGGAAAUGCUAUCUUUGGUGUGUGUGUGGUUUUUUUGGGGCGGGGAGAUGACACCCCAUGCUUCCCUCACUUGCAAAUAAGCCCAGCCUUUUCUCCCCAGACACAUGCCAUGCUGAAAUUCGCCAGUGCUUUACCCAAAUCCCACUUGGGAAGAACAACAGCACUGGGAUAAGAAUCUUGCUGAGCAGCAUACAAUUCCUUGUUGGUGUUUUCACAGCUGUCCGGCUUCUGCUAAAAACAACAGUGCAUCAUCUGUUCUUUCUUUGUUAGAGGGAUAGGGUCGGGAGUGACGUAUUGACUUGUGCAAUGACAGUUUGCUUUCUUGGCUUGUGUUUUUUUAAAGGGAGAGGAAUCAAAAGGAUGAGGGCUCUUACAUUGACAAAUUGUGAGCUAUAUAUUCCAAGGGGGUUACGGUGAUUCUGAGAAUUAGUAGGGAAUUACAGGUUUCACAGAUAAGCCAUAGGUGGAUAGCUCAGUUGGUUAGAUAGUGGUGCUGAUAAUGCUAAGGUUGCAGGUUCGAUCCCUGGAUGGGGCAGCUGCAUAUUCCUGCAUUUCUGGGCGUUGGACUAGAUGAUCCUCAGGGUCCUUUCCAAUUCUACAAUUCUAUGGCAGAGAGCUGAUUUAAAUUUGUACUCGUUCAGUUGGACUUUGUGGUUUCAUCUUGCAAGUAAUUUUUUAUAGUUUGAGUUAUUACUUCUGGCACACACCCUUUUUUUCAUACGCCCACAAUAUAUGUGCCUUUAUUAUUUGUCAUUUAUUUUUUUAAAAAACAUAUCAUUCGCCUUUCCCUAUAGUAAAUGCACUAAAUCUAUUACAUUGACCUUCAGUACUGGCAUUGUGUUCUCAUGAAGUUUCCACAGCUGAGGCAUAGUUGUGGGUAGUUCAACUGUAAUAACCUCCCCUGAAGAAUCUUGGGACGUGUAGUCUGUUGAGGAUGUUGAGAAUUCCCACACAGAACUACACAUCCCAGGAUUCCUGGGAGAGGAAUAUUAAUAUUAAACUGGUUUGUAGUGUAAAUAUACCCGCUGUUGCCCAAGUGCCAUAAGCAGUGAAUUUGAGAUUUGCUGCAUGAGGCUUUUUCUCCCUCUCCUUUCAUAGAAAUGGUUCUUGUUUAUUCAUAUGCCAUGUACUCUAGAGGUGCUUAAAAAUAAUCAUAAUAGGCUGUUGUUUUGCUGUGGAAUGCCAAUGUUAUAUGUAGUGGAACUGACAGAUUAGCAAGGAAGAGUUAUACCCUCUAAACUUCCUUCGAGAGAGAGUGUGUGUAUAUAUAUAAAUAUAUGUGAUAAGACAUCUCUCCUUUUCCCUUAAAAUAGUCAGAUUCUUGAGAUAAUGCAUUCAGCUUUCUUUUUUUUUGCAGACAGAAUUAGAAAGAUAUUCCCAGACGUUGUCUGCUUCAUUUUUUGCUCGUCACGUUCUGAGCUUCCCCCUUGUAUUAGAGGAAGUCAGCCAGCUAUACAUGCUUGAAAAGGCUGUCAGCUGUUGCUGAGUCACCUGGCAUUGGCCAGCUGCCCAAUAUAUUGCAAAAACCAGAAUAAAUGUCAUGUGACAGUGAUUCAUACGGUCUUAAGGAGAUAAUAGUCUACACUGGAAGGUAACCAAGACAGUGUUAUAUAGGCUAAAGUUGACAUCAAAGCUUUAAGCAGGGGUCUGAAUGUGGCAGUUCUGCAAUUGUGCUCACAACCUCACUCAGUAAUGGACUAGACUCUCAUUUACAUUUCUACUGCUUAUAAAUUUUGGAUUGUCCCAUGAAGAGUGGUCAUAAUCUUCAAAAUACCGCAACUCUGCUCUUUUCUGAUAUGCACAGUAGCUGGAAUGUUUGGAGACACUUUUGCACAAAGAAGUUAAGAAAGAGUGGCUUGGACGCUGGAUCCCAUAACACCAGGCCAACAACAACAACAACAGCCGAGUCUCUUAAGCAGAUUUCUCAUUCAUCUGUCUCCCUUUCUCAGAUUACUUCAAUGUCUCUUUGGGUUUAUGUGUACCAACAAGUCUGGAUGCAGAAAAGUCCUUGCCACAACUGCUGUCAUCCGUUCCUCUUUACUGGAAAGGGUUUCAUUGUUGAAUAUAUAUAUAUAUAUAUAUAUAUGUAUUCUAUAUAUAUAUAUAUAUAUAUAUAUAUAUAUAUAUAUAUGAAUGAAUAUAUAUAUCCCUGUAGUUGGAAAAGACCUGCUGCCAGGAGCUUUUGUAGUUAACAUGCUGAUAGUCCCUUUGUUCUGUUAGUGCAAUUUGUGUGUGUGGAAUUCUUCCGUUGUUAGGACAGGGCGUUGCAUCUCCUUGGCUUGAUUUUGGUGUUGCUGUGGCACUUACAUCCUCUCCUCUGAUGUGUGUAUGUGCGUGCGUGCAUGCGUGCGUGGGUGUCUAUAUUUGUGUGUGUGUGUGUGUGUGCACUUCACACUCUUUCAAGGUUUUUAAUAACUAGGGACUAAAAUUCACUUUCCAGUAUAAGACGGUACUUCCAUUUGUAUGUGGUCAUUUAAGUGUGUCUGCUGUUUUUAAUUCCUUCUUAACAGAUGACCUCUGGUGGGACUGAGAGCAUCCUGAUGGUCUGUAAAGCUUACAGGAAUUUGGCUUACGAGAAAGGAAUCAAGCAUCCAGAAAUGUAUGUAGCCCAUUAUCCCCCCCCCACAAAGUAACUAAUCACACCCUUAAUAUAGGAGGUUAUUUUCAUUAAGCAUCUUUUUAGACCGGUCACUACUUUAGCUUUUCAUAUGCUGGGCCAAUACUGUUGAUAUUUUCACCCCCUCCCAUUGCAAGAAUCUCCUGAUCUGAUGUUUUGAGAAAGGAGGGGGCGGAAACUGCUCUUCUACUCUUCCGCUCCUGACUGCCUGCCUGUGUGUGGAGACAGUCUUAUCUAUGUAGUGACUAGAUGGCUGACUGGGAGAUGUAACACUCAUGCAAGCCAGUAGUUCUUUAGUUUUUAGUAGCUAUUAGAAAUAAAAGGAGUUAUGCUUCACAGCUAGCUUCUGCGUUAUUUAUACUCUGCUGAGUCUGGUGCUCACAAUGCACAGUUGUGGGUCCAGUGCACUGGGACCUGCUUUCCAGGACUGGAAGGUCUCUGAAAGUGCUCCAGUUGCCUAGCCCCAUCAGGGCAGAACCAGUUAUUGAGCCCAGUCGCUGACAUCAGUUGAAAGGCGUACUGACAAAUACUUUAUACCGAAGAAAAUGGAAUCAAAAACUAAACGGGAGGGGUAACCAAACAUGGUUCCCUGCAGAUGUUUUUCGGACUCCCAACUCCCAUCAGUCCCAUCCCCUAUGGCCGAUAGUCGUACUCUGAAUUAAACUCUGAAUUCACUGCAGAAUGGCAAGAAUUCAAAAAGCACAACUUUGAAAUCUCUUCUAAAUGCACCCCCCCAAAGACUUUUGCUUAUCUAGGAGCACUUUGGAGUUCGGUUGUUGUUCAUGGAAGAAUAAACUCUCAGUGGAGGCAGAAUAAUAGGAUCACAAAGUUGGAAGGGACCACGAGGAUCAUCUAGUCCAGCUCCCCCUGCAAUGCGGGAAUCUUUUGCCCAAUGUAAGGCUUGAAUCCACGACCCCGAGCCCUUCCAUUUCAAAAGCUGCCUGCCAUGCAGAGGGUGGUGACUGUUGUUUGCAACAAGCCAAAUGCCCCACUGGACAUACAGAAUAACUUGUGCAGUUUUCCAAACUGUGGUCUUGUGUGGUUGCUGUUUUUUUAAUAGCAAAAACAACUUAUCAGAGGUCCAUGCGAUCCAUGUAUUUCUUUAAGUCCCCCACAUCUCCCAGGUUUUCAGGUAUAUAUCAGUUUAUUUUUGUGCAGACAAGGAGGGGAUGAAACAGGAAAGAUACAAAUCACAGGCAACUACAAACGUUUUCUGAGAUAUCUUGCUAUAUCUGUCUUCCCCAGGCUGGUUCCAGUGAGUGUCCAUGCAGCAUUUGAUAAAGCAGCUCAUUAUUUUGGGAUGAAGAUUGUGCACAUUCCAUUGACCAAGACGAUGCAAGUGGAUGUUAAGGUAUUGCUCAGAUAUUCUCAGACCUCUUAUCAAUAGUGACUCUGUAAAGUAUUGAACAUCGUUGGGCUUCCUAGGACAGGGUUCAUCAAAAGGCCCUGUAUCCCAAUCAUAGUUGCAGGCCUGAUGUGCCAUUCUGAAGACUGGUAUCUAAUAGAGCAUCUUGACUGCCUGAUCGUUUCCUCUUGAUUUUUUUCAGGCAAUGAAGAGAGCCAUUUCCAAGAAUACAGCCAUGCUGGUCUGCUCAGCACCGCAGUUUCCUCAUGGAGUCAUGGACCCAAUUGAGGAGGUCGCAGAGGUAAUUACCUUUGUGCCACUUCAACCUGAGAUAUACAUUGCUUCCUGUGGGGGGGGGGAGGGAAGAGUUGUUUUCAACACACAAAGUUUAUCCCUCCAGCCCCCUGAUCCAUAGCUGAUGAAUGGAAAACCCAGCUGCAUGUACGGAUCUGGCCUCCUGCAGGGCAUCAUGUGUCCAUAAAUACAAACUCGCAUCACUUGCAAAGUGACUGCAAUAUCCUGAUGUAACUGAGUGCAGCUCCACAUCUUUGGAAGAUAGCAAACGGUUCUAUUACCAUACCUUCUGUGGUCUUAGGCCAGGGAUCGGCAACCUAAGGCCUGCAGGCCACAAGCAGCCCAUGGGGGUCGUUUAAGCGGCCCAUGGACCCCCACCGCCCACUCAGGGACCCCCACUCCCGCUGAGCAGAGUGGGACUGUUGGCAAAACCUGUUGGUGUUUCGCAACUUUCUGACUAGUUGCAGGACCUUAGCCAGACCUAGCAGAGUAAACGCAGAAUCCACGGAAGCAAUUGGCGACUUGGCUGCAGACAGGAUAGACGAAGAAGGAACCAGGAACUUGUAGUUAGGUGUUUAUUAUAUACAGUGGACUAUUUACAGGAACAGAACACAGAUCUUUUGCUAGCUCUCUCUGACACGACUCACAACUCCUACACUGGCACACAGAACUCUGAACUCCAAACUCUGAACUAACACAUUCCAGUUAGUAGGCCAUUAAUUAUCACUCCCUUGAGAUAGCUUGACAAAUCAGGGAGCUGUCUCCAUGUCUCUGUUAUCACCAGGCAGACGUACUCCUUCACAUGAUCUUCUGGCUGUCUGCCAAACCUUAACUGACUCUGUGUGAGUAGCUGCACGUACACAGUUUCCCAAGAGGGACCGCCUUCCGUGACGCUGGCCGGCUUCCCAUUGGCUGCAGGAAGCCCCUGCAGCCAAUGGGAAGCUGUGCACACCUCCUCCGCUCUGGAAGGAGCACUGGAAAUAGCGUUUGCACAUGCAUGCACGCGCACUCCGGCCCACUGUGGCGUCUGCGGGACCGUGAAACGGCCGAAGCCACAAAAACUUUACUGGCCCCUGGCUUAGGCAUUUCAACUGCUCCCUCCUCCUUGCUGCAAUGGAAGUUUUCACCAAGUGUCACCCGCUCUAGCAAAAUUUAUGACUUGCUGAGCAGAUACCUGUGUGGGCUCAGCCUAGGAGAGAGAGCGCUGUGUGUUCUGGCAUGUGUGUCAGCUGUGGCUCUUGGUUAGAAGCAUACAUUUACAUUGUACGUGCAAAUUUAUGUAGCCAAUUUAUGCUCCAAAUCCUGCCCUGGGCAUUGGGGUGGGAGUCAGGCUGUACCUUAAGAGAGGGGCUUCAGCUCAGUGGUGGUGAACAUGUUUUGCAUGCCAAAUAUCCCUGCUUCAGCCUCCUGGCAUCUAGGUAGGAACGGCAAUGAUUUUUGCAUCAAAUUCUGGAGAACCUCUGCCAGUCUAUAUAGAGCUAGAUCUGACUUGGUAUAAGGCUGUGCCCUACAUUUCAUACUGCUUAAGUAUCCUGUAGUGCGAAUACCCAGCAUGAGCUGUUCAAGCAUUUAGUUGGAAGUCGGAGCGACCUUGACUUUGCCAGCAAAAGAAGACAUGAUCAAAACACGUCCCUCACAAGGUCCAUUCCUUGGGAUCAGUUUUGGAUUUGAAGCAACCUUGUAUUGAUACAGAUCUCCCCGUUCCUUGACUUCAUGAGGAUCAAAGGGAGGAUAACAGUUUGGAAAUUACAAAUAGAAGGACUUUUGGUAGACACUACCAGAAUCUGAAGCCACUGGUCAGGGCCUCCUUGCUUGUAGAAUGGUGAAUUUUGCAUCUUUUUGGGGAAGAAUGCUCAAUCGUCUUUUCAAACAAUGUAAAUAGGUUUGAUACUUUUGAGGUUCACACUUGGCAGGAAGUUUCCAUCUCGUUGCUUUUGGUUUAGCUGGAGAAACUAAGUUGAUUUCCCCCUUUGGCACAGCUUGCAUUGAAAUACAAGAUUCCCUUCCACGUGGACGCUUGCCUGGGAGGCUUUCUCAUUGUCUUCAUGGAGAAGGCAGGGUACCCUCUGAAGGGGGGUUUUGAUUUCCGAGUGAAAGGUGUCACCAGCAUUUCUGCAGAUACCCACAAGGUGAGUUUAAGCAGGUUUAAUGGAGGAAAUCUAGCUUGAGUCGAUUGUCCACUCUCCAAACUGGAUCAGGCAUGCUUCCUUUAAUUCUGCUUCUGGUUCAUUUGUACGGAAAGACUUUUGUGAUCAUUGCCACUGGUCAUUUGCCCUAAACUGCAAUCCAAACUUAAAGGCGCCACCCACGUCUCUUAAUCCUAAACAUAAGUCCUUGCAAAUAAAUCUCACUGCACUUCUGAGUAAACUUGUUUAGGUUCAGGGUAUAUAAGCAUGAUGGCAGAUGUGUACACUGCAGGAGAAUUUACCUUUGCAAGAAAGGAGUGGAAUUGAAUAGAAGACUAAAUGCAUUAAUACAUUAAUCUUCAGAAUGUUUGGAACUGGGUUCAGAUGUGAUCCUCUGUCUUUUUAGCAAGUUGACACCUGUCCCCUUGUUACGUCCAGUCUUUGAACGAGACACUCUAAAUAGCUUGCAGGCUUCCCAUAGGCAUCUGGUUGGCCUUGGAGAGAGUGAGAUCCCGGUGCAGGUGGGUCUUUGGCCUCAUCUGGCAGAGCUCUCACCUGCCCAUAGACUUUCAGCAGCUGCAAUGCUUUAUAAGAAAAAAGAAAAUCCACACUUAACAUUUUAAAAAUCACUGAAGCCAGUGUGGAAUCAUUAAGUUGCCGGUUCUACCUGCAAUUCCCUGUCUGUGGAAUUCAGUCUCCAUCAGAUUCUUGUGUGUGGGGAUUUGUAUUAAAUGCUUGCUGCUUAUUGCUUUGCAACUUGGACUCCCAUCUCUUCCUCUGCAGUACGGCUAUGCGCCAAAGGGCUCCUCCGUGAUCCUGUACAGCAGCGAGAGAUAUCGGCAGUAUCAGUUCUUCAUUGCCCCUGACUGGCCAGGAGGUAUCUACGCCUCCCCUACCAUGUCUGGUUCCAGGCCAGGUGGCCUCAUCGCAGCUUGCUGGGCAACCAUGAUGCACAUAGGAGAAGACGGAUACGUGGAAUACACCAGGAAGAUAAUUGCAGCUGCGCGCUUCCUCGAAGCAGAGUACGUGCAGGGUUUAAAGGGGACAAAGCCAGAUGCUUCAAAUAGAGAUUUUGAGAUUUGGUCGGGGCCACCCAUCUGCCAAUCAUGACAUCAUAAUGUUGUUUAAAUUUGUCCACCUGCCAAAUUUGGCCCAUGAGACUGAUCCUGAUAAGGACAUGGCCCAUGAAGCUAAAAGAGCCCCCCAUCCUUGGGAUAGCAGGUGGUGGCAGCUCCUUGAAGAAGAGAGGCGAACAGACUUACUCUAUGAAAACUUAAGAAAACAUUGGCCUCAUUAAGAUGUCAUGCUAGACGGGAUGGGGAAGCUAUGGCCUUCCAGAUGUUGUUGAACUACAACUCCCAUCAUCCCUGACCAUGAGCCACAGGUUCCCCACCACUGAGACAAACCAUUGUUUAGUGUGAUAUGUACAGGCCUAUGCAAGCCUAAAGCUCACAUGCUGCCCUCUCCUCCUCCACACAGCAUGGCUGCAAGGAGUUUGGAAGUGUUUGCUUACAUUUUCUUUUAACAGCAGCGUAUUUGUCAACCUUCUGUUUGUGUGAAAUGAGCCAACUUGAAACCAAACUGCUCCUUGCAGCUGUUCUGGAGGGGAAGAAGGGUGACACUGAUCAGUAACCGCUUUCUGUGCUCUUUUAGGGAGAGAUGGAGGGUUUCCCUGAAUUUAGAGGUAGGGAAGCCAGCCUUUGACAAUAAUAAAAAUCUGAACAAUAUUAUCAGAAUUAAAUGUAAUUAGGGUGUAUGCAUCAUUCCCCCCCAUCAGUAUCAAAAGGCAAUAGGAAUAUUUUGAUUUUGUUCUGUGAACCGCCCUGAGACCUCUGGGUAUAGGGCGGUAUAUAAAUUCAAUAAAGAAUAAUAGUGUAAACUUUUUAAACUUGCAUCUUUUUAAGGCUGCGGAAAAUUGACAACAUCUUCAUCUUUGGAAAUCCCGAGGUGUCUGCACUUGCUUUGGGGUCGGACACAUUUGACAUAUAUCGGUUGUCAAACAUGUUAAUAACAAGAGGAUGGAAUCUGAACAUUCUGCAGUUUCCUCCAAGGUGAGCUCGUCGUAAUCCUGGGCUCUGUGGGCUGAGUGCUUUGAGAAGGAGAAUGAGCAAGUUGAGCUGUUUUGGUGCUUGCACCACCCCCAAGGAAAAUUUAUUUACCGCAAUAGCCACAUUAGAAAUUACUACAUUUUACGUGAGCCCAAGUACUCAAAGCGUCUGGAGUGAGAGGGCAUGGCGAGGAAGGGCAAAGGAAUUCACAUGCCAUUGUGCUACGAUGCGAAGAGGACGGGAAGCUUCUCCUGCAUUUGAUCUCGCAAAGACACUUUCUUUUUAAACUGUUUUUUUAAACCAAAAAAGUGUUGACACAGAUGGCUUCUGCAUUUCAAUAGCAGAGCGAAAAAGGUAUUGAUUCGUUGGGUGUUCUGUGACUUCACAACGCUCCGAACAAAUAGCUUGGUUUCUCAAGAGGAACAGGAAGCACAGAGAAGCGGGGCCACUGGGGGCGCAUUGGAAGAUGGCCGACAAUACCAUCUCUCCGACCCACACGGGGUAAUUAAGAGGCUGUUACGGGAGUAGGCAGCCUCCCUUGUUGCCCCAAGGAAAUGGGGAACACUGCCCUUGCCUGCUGUGCCCAUAAAUCACCCCUAAUUCGAAAGAAGGGGUGAGGGCCCUAGGCAGAAUGCCCCGUGUGGACCUCGGCUCUCCUGGACGCUGUCUCUGAUCGCGCACUAGUUGCAGCAAUUUGGAAUAAUUAAUUACAAAAGAAGCAAAUGCACAUAUUUCAAGUGAAGAAGGGGAGUGAAGUCUGCUAAUUUAAGUGACCUCUGCGAAAGAAGACAACGGGCUGGAGAAACAGGAAUAUUUUACGAUAAGAUACACCAAAGGCGGGGUAUGUUGACAACGGGGCUGAAUGGGGGGGGGACCUUUUUUACUUUCCUUCUAUGUGAUUUACAAGAAUCCCUCCUCAUUAGAACCGUCAGUUGAACUGACCCAAGCAGGAUGUUUAAGGUCUGUGUGGAGAUAAACUUUAACCAAAAGUAUGCUUUAUGGAGACCGAGAAGCAAUAAGAGCUUUUGGGAAUGGCGCAGCAAUUAAUUCGGAGUCGCCAUCUUGCCAAAGGAUUUAUAGCCGGGAGGAAGAACGGAUUUUUUUUCAGACUGCAUUCCUAGUGAAUCUCCUCAGAGGUUUUGAGAAAGGAAGCAGAUUGGUGAAGAUUAAUGACGCUAAGACUGUUUUGAUGUAUGGAAGUGAUGUUAUAUGGAAAACGUCUGGAUAUGGCUACUGGAUAAAAAAAAUAAUAUCCACGCAGGAUUACAAACUGUUCUAACCAGCUUGCGGAGACUAUCAGAGGUCACAAAGAGAAAGGAAAAAUAUAUUAAAAUAACAACAAGAGAUGUGGAAAAAUAAUAAGAAAGGACUGGAUAGUACUGUGAACACCAUAAGGUUAGAUUUGUGGACAUUAAAACAGCAGUAAGAAGCAAGAAGUUGAUUGGAUCCCUUCAGAACUUGAAAUAUGGGUACCCCCAACAAAAAUUUAAAAUUCGGCUGUGUAAUUUGGAAUUUAUGUAAUUUGGUUUGAUUUGAUGUGAUUGGUCGGUUAAUAAAAAAUUAUUCUUAAAAAAAAAAGAGGAAGCACAGAGAAGCAACGCUUCCUGUUGCAUUCAUGUAAAUUUACAGCCAGCUCCAAUCUGUGUUUGAAACCCAAAGCAGCUGCUGUAUUCCACACAGGUGAGCAUCGUGUAUGGAUGAAAGAUGCUCUUUGGAUCUACCAGCAGUUUUCUAGAAUUAAAAGAAAGGAUAUGUACAAAUGCCUGCGAAACAGAACAGCACCAUUGGGAACAAAGCUAAUUUUUUUCUUUUUAUCUCCUUCCCUAGUAUUCAUUUUUGCUUAACCCAAGUGCACACGAAGCCUGGGGUGGUUGAACAGCUGCUGAGCGACAUCAAAGAAUGUGUCCAUGAUCUCAUGAAGUUCCCCAAGGGCAAGACCACUGGCCUGGUAAGACGACCCUCAAAUUCAAAGGGGAUGCUUUGGUUUGAAUUUCAGCAGGAGCGUCUUACGUUUGCAAAAAAAAAAAAAAGCUUGGACGCGUUUACUGACUUUUCUUUUUGUUUUGACUUUUAUAGGGUGCUAUCUAUGGCAUGGCCCAAGCCAUCCCCGACAGGAAUAUGAUUUCAGAGAUUGCUGGUGCUUACUUGGACUGCCUGUACAGCACGGAAAUGUCUCCUUCGUCUGAAGCACAUGUGAAUGGGUCUCCAGGCCACCACUGAUUCUGUGUGCCUUGUCCGCUGAUGGAUGGUAUUCUAAAGAAUUCCAGGGGAAGGGAAUGUUGGUCCUCCUGCAGAUCAUAUGGCAGCUUGAUCUCUGUUCUUGUCCCAUCUCUCUUUCUGAUAAGCAUCGGCUCUGUUCACCAUUUUGCUUAUGUGAGUUUUCAGAGUCAAGUGGUUUCCCUCCCCCCUUUCUUUCUAAUACUAACUCCUUGUGUUUCUUCACACUUGCUCACUGCUGCUACUACUAGUCUUCAACAGAACAGCUAUAUUUAUGGCCACUGCAACUCCAUUCUACUCCCCUCAUUCUCAGGUGUUCAGAAUCUAUACAUUCCUUUCCUUCCUCCUGCUUGGCUUCUUUGUCUGUUUGUGCUGAAUGAUGAGCCAUGGGAAAAGAACUGAAAGUGUUGGAAGAGGAGAAAGGAGAAACUCGUUUGUUUGUUUUUUCCAAUUCACCAAGUGUGGGAUUUGCUCUGAAAGGGAGAUAUGAGGUACUUAACUGUUCAUUUCUCCCAUGGUACAAUCUUGCUGCUUUCCUCUUUCCCUGGAUUUUUUUACAGUGCCACCCACAGCCCUAUUGAGUUGUGGCAUAUCUGUGGAACAGCUUCAAGGGCAACACACUUAUUCAGUUAUCUGAAUGUUUUGCUCUGGCUUAAAAUAAUGCACUCUCAGCAGUGUUAGAAAGCGAUUUUGCGAUUCCUAGGUGCCAGAAUUGGAUUUUGAGAAGUCCAGAGCUCUGCUCUCCUUCCUGCAACUGGUUGUGAGCUUUUAUAAAAGUGGAGAGCACUAACAUCAACUUUUUGUUUCAUUUUAAAUGUAAUCUUACAAUAGCGGACUCCGUUUGGCUUUGUUUGUGCUGCGUUGACUGUAAGGCACAUUUCUAAAAAGAGCACUCACAGGUUUGCCUUAAUGUUGAUAGCAUUCCCCCUGGGAAGCCCAGGAAGGGAGCUGAAUACCGUCAGUCAACAGGUGAUCAACUCUUUUGUGGUACUACACUGAAAGCAACCUCAGUGGUGAAUCAGCCUCAGGUAUAAUGAAAACAUUCCUCUCCCCGUUCCUAUUUAUAGGUAGAACAGGACUUCACAACUGUGUUUUGGGCUACCUGCUGACUAGGAGGAGUGGUAACUUGUAUUCUGAUUGUAUACAGUUUGCUUUUAGAAAACAGCUAUAAUUCCUGCGCAAAGCUGAGAAAAGCAGGCACCAGUAGCUUCUUCCAAGGCUUGAAGUGAGGCUGAAAGCAGAGUUUUCAGUUGGGACUUGAGCCAUUUUGAUACAGCACUAAGUACUUCACUGGGUUAGUCUCAUGAAAUAUUUCAUUACCUCCUACUUGGUAGCAGUGCUUCCUUUGAAGGAAGCACAAAUGUGAAUUUACAGAAUUGUAGAUUUGUGAAGCACAUUGUUUUCCGCCAUUAUGACAGAAUCCUUUUUGUGGCUUGAUUUGUUCCGCGGGACAUGUUCCCUUUUGACUAUUGGGAAUAUUGGCUUAGCCCUCCAUAGCCAUCUUUCUGAAUUAGUUUUAAAUCUAGCCAGUCCAACCAGAAUGCUUUGCAUACAACUUGGACUUGUACAGAACUCAUGAUAACUUAUUACUGUGUGCUGUUCACCAAGUUGACAGUUCUGCAUUGUUUAAGAAAGGGAAACAUUUGACCAUAACAUCCUUGUGCAUAAUUCACCCAGAAAUGUGUUUCAAGUAGUUCUGAUUAUGUUUUAGAGUGGAAUGAAACUCUUGUCAGUUUCUGCAAGAAAUGAGUUGGGUUUUGCAGUCCAAUCAGGAAGUCGAACAUGUGUUUGCAUACCACUUUUUAAAAAAAUUAUCCUGUAGGAUACUGUCUCGGUACUAUUUUAUUUUGAACGCAUAAUCCAUGUUUACUUUAUCAUGCAUCAUGUAUACAAUUCCAGGUUUAAAAUAAAAAAUUUCUAGGGCAGAAAAAAAUAGUUGUGUUUUUCAUAUUGUUGGGAUGACUUUUCCAUUUAGCAGAUAAGAUUUUUAAAUGUAGAGCUGCAUUCACCAGUAAACUUUUUUCAAAUUAAGAGAGUAAGUACUCACCUAUUGGGGCCUUUCCUUCCAAAGUAUUGUACAGCCUUCCACAAAUUAUCAAGUAUUAUUACAAAUGCAGGUCUGCUGCCAAAUUUGUUUUUAACUUGGUUUUACAAAAAUGUAAAAUGUAAGAGUACAUUCCAUUUUCCUUUUCAGGUACAGUGGUACCUCGAGUUAAAUAUGUCUCAGGUUACAGAUGCUUCAGGUUACAGACUCCGCUAACCCAGAAAUAUUACCUCGGGUUAAGAACUUUGCUUCAGGAUGAGAACAGAAAUCGCGCAGCGGUGGCGCGGCAGCAGUGGGAGGCCCCAUUAGCUAAAGUGGUGCUUCAUGUUAAGAACGGACCUCCGGAACGAAUUAAGUAGUUAACCCGAGGUACCACUGUAUAGUGGUAUCUUGGUUCUCAAACUUAAUCCAUUCAGGCAGUCCAUUCGACUCCUGAAACCAUUCAGCAACCAAGGCGUGGCUUUCAAUAGGCUGCAGAAGCUUCCUGCACCCAAUCGGAAGCUGCAGAGGACGUUCAGCUUCCGAAAAACGUUCGCAAACCGAAACAUUUCUGGGUUUGAGAGUCAAUUUGUUCGACAACUAAGCCGUUUGGGAACCAAGGUACCACUGUAUUUGAGACAAACACUCACAGAUGAUGUUUACUGAAGGGUGCAAUCCUAUGGUCCCAGGGGCCAGAGCAUAGACUAGAUCUGUUCUCCUGACAUCACAGCUUGGAC